AUGAGACAACUAGCCAAAAAUGGAGAUAAUAAUACUAUGGAUAAAUAUAAAAAAAAAAAUUUGGAAAUGAGGAAAAUGAAAGGUGCAAUAAAUAUGGGGGAUAAAGUUAAUGGAAAAAUGGAUAGUGGUACAUCUCUUAGGGCGUUAAGAAAUGGAAAUAGCUUUAAGCUUAAUUCAAAUUUUACAAAUGAAGAAAAGGAAAAAUCCGAAAAAAAUAGCUAUAACAAUAGGUAUAACUCGAAUAAAUCAUUUGCAAGUAGCACACCAACAAGUAAGGUAUUUACAAAUACGUCUAUUGUAAAUAAAUUAACAUCCAGCAAAUCUAGCACUUCAAGCAAAUUUAGCUACAAAAAUACAUUAAAUAAUGAUAAUAGCUCGAAAAGUUCCGAAAAAAAAAAAAAAAAAAAAAAAAAAAAAAAAAAAAUGAAAAAUGACAUGAACGGCAAGGUAAUAAAAAAAAAUGGUGAUUUAACUAACGAAUUGAUUGAUAAAAAAAAAAGCGCCUCAAAAAAUAUAUCAAAAAGUUUUAAUUUAAAAAAAAAUAAUGUAAUUUCUUCAAAUAUAAAUAUCACUUCAAACACAAAAAAAAAUUAUAAGCACGGAAAAAUGUUAUCACAACCCGAAAAAGUGUUAAAAAAAGAUAAUAACAGUAAUAAUAAUAAUAAAGCUUUAAAAAAUAUUGUAGACGGAAUGGAAUCCAAUAUGGAUGAUAAACAAGUUGCAGGAAAUGCUGAAGAUAAUGAAACAAAGACAGAUAUUCAAAGUGGGAAAAAUGGGCAAAGUGGGAAAAAUGGUCAAAAUGGUCAAAAUGGGAAAAAUGGGCAAAGUGGGAAAAAUGGUCAAAAUGGUCAAAAUGGUCAAAAUGGUCAAAAUGGUCAAAAUGGUCAAAAUGGGCAUAUAAAAAAUGAAAAUUUAAGUGAAGACACAAAUCGAGAAUCUGUUCACAAUUCAGUAAUAAAUGGUAGUACAUUAAUAAAUGACAGUACAUUAAUAAAUGGUAGUACAGUAAUAAAUGGGAAUGCAGAAAAAACUGGCAAGGCAGAAAAAAAUGGGAAUGCAGAAAAAAAUGGUAAAAAUGAACAAGGUAGCCAUGAAAAAAUAGUUGGAGAUGAAUUUAAUAUUGAUAAAAAAAAUAUACAUAAAUAUGAAAUUCCUACUCCUCAUUUUAUAAAAGGAAUAUAUGAACCAAUUAAUGAUAUAUUUUCUGAUGAAAAUCAAAACAGUUCUUAUAUUAAUAUAAAUAAAACAACUACAAGUUUAUUACCAGGGUAUAAGGCUGUAAUAUUUGAUGAAUUAAAUAAUCCAAAUCAUAACAUGAAUAAUAUACAUAAAAAUAAUAUGUACCCAUCAGCCAUGUUUUAUCCCCCUUUUAAUUAUAUACCAAUUAUGAAUUGUAACGAUUUAAAAGAAGCUUAUAUUUUAAAAAAUAAUGUAGUGUUAAAUAAUUAUUUAUUAACAUCAUCUGAUAUAUCAAAAGGCACUAUACAUAGACAGUAUAAUGUUGGAGUUACAUAUCCUUAUGGGGUUCCUUAUAUUGAUGUUAGAAAAGUUAAGAAUGCAUCUAGUCAGAAGCAGACAAAAGUGUGA